UGCAGACUCAUUCUUGCCUGUUUUAAAAAGAGAGGGAGGAGAGAGGAGAGAGGAGAGACGAGAGAGAGACAGAGAGAGAGAAAUGCUUCCUGGCUCUUUUCUCUCCCUCAUCCUUGGCAGCAAUGGCCACAGCAGCAGGAGCAGCAGAAGCAGCAGCAGCAGCAGCAGCAGCAGCAGCAGCAGCAGCAGCAGCAGCAACAGCAGGCAGGGGGGCAGCCGGCAGUGGGGACUGAGGCACAGAGGGGAGGUACAGGGGCCGAGGACCUGCUCCAUUGGGACAGGGUCCUCAGCCCUGGACAGAUGCAGUGACCAACUUGAUGCCACCCUCCAGCUUCUCUGGUAAGUGCCCCUACUCUCUGUCCCAAAGCGGCAGCUGCCCUUUCCUAUAACAUUCUCAGAGACAAAGCCAGACCAGUGUCCCUAUCAAUGAAAGAGGCACUUGCACCCCCCACCCUGCCACCCAUUAAUCCCAGCCCCACAGGACUUUGACAGGGAAACUAAAACACCCCAGGUGCCCCUAGAUGGGAAGACGCCAGGAGUCCUCUCCUCCAGUCUCCCCAGUACUCCCUCUGCCUCUGAGGAGGAUUUUCCCCUACAGUCCGUGGGACGUUCCAGAAAUCUUCCCCCCAGGGCACCAUUCCCCACACAGGUCUCAACCAGGUAUGUUUAGAGAACACGCUGAUGUUCCCUUGUUUCUCUGGACUGUCACACAGAGGCAAGGAAGAAGCUUUGCUCCCUUGAGGGGGUGAUGUCCCAGACCUUACUCUCUGAAGGAGAGAAAGAAGUGGCUCUGGUACCCAUGUCUCCCUGCAAAGUGGCCAGUCAUGUGGCCACCAAGGUUGGCAAGGGAAGUUAUGUGAUUGAAUUAGCUGCUUUAGAAAUAAGAGAGGCUGACCCUAAGUCCCCCAACUCUGGCCCAGCAGGCUUUGGCAACUAAGAGGACACUCACCGAAGUGGGAGGACAAGAAGCCGUGUUACAUGCUUCACUGCACUUUUGCUGAAUGCAGAGCAGAAGGGAUGAGCAGGAACUGCAGCAGCUGUGAUAAAGAGCUAGCGGUCAGGUGGACUUCCCAGAGCAGACCCAAGAAGCAGGAGGGAGGCUGGGACAGUUUCCCUGGAGAUCUCUGAGCAUGCAGAGCUACCUGUUAGGUCAGAACAAGGGCAGCCUUGCUCCUUACUGUGAUUCUCAGAAUGUUUUCUACACUCCUGUGUUCUGUUGGCCUCCUUCUUUAGCCCAGUGCCAUAGUUCUCUGAAGUAACUACAGGACAGCCUCUCCAAAGAUCCUCCCAGAGGAAGGUUAGAGUGGGAAAGGAAAGGAAAAAGUCAUAUCAUCUCUUAAACUGCCUCUCUUACCCUCCACUUGGUAGAAAUAGAGCAUGCUGCAGAAAACUGACCUUAUAGGAUCCAGAAAGCCUGAGGCCCCAAACUCAGAAAUGAUCAAGACUCACAGGCGGGGAGAGAGGACCAGGCCUGUUGCCUCCAGAAGUAUCAGUUGGUUCUUGCUCCUAUUUCUCUGCCAUUCUUGCCAAUUGCAAUACUUCCCCUCCCUUGGGUUCCCUGCUGCAACAACAGGACAAACUGCAGGGCUCUCACCAUGAAGGAUCCCUUCUCCUCUAUCACCUCAGCCAGGUCCUCAGUGGUCAGUCAUCGUAGUCACCAACUUCCUAAUAUUCCCCUGUCCAGGUACUCAGCAACUCAUUUUACGUCAGCAGGCUCUGCACUCUGCCUGGGGCCGGUUGUCUGCUGUGCUGUCCCCACUUCAUAGCAUCUGGUCAGAUGUUGUCUCCCCUCCCUUAUCUAUGCCUCCCUGGUGACAGUCUGCCUCUUAUGCAUUGCUCCAGCAGCUCAGGGUACAGGGCACAAGAGCUCACUCUCAGUUUCACACAUAGACUAGAAGCAAUACAUUAGAAAGAGGGCUAUGAGAGACACCCAAGACUGAAGUCUGAGAAGCAGAACCAAAACCCCGAGCGCCCUCUGGAUCCCUCUCACACUCCAACUCCACGGGCAAGGGUGGUGGGAUGUGCUUUGGUCUUUUGUAAAGGAUUCCCAGCUCCCCACCAAGCACUCCCUGCACCCUGGGCCAUGCUACUGUGCACCUGAGCUCUUGUCCACACAGGCCCUCUAGGGACACUGGAUCUGCUAGUUCAGAGCUUGGGCCCUGGGCCAGUCUGAAAGAGGCCAGAGACUGGGGGCAGAGCUGAGGCCUGCAUGUUUCCCAGCCUCCAGUGACUUAGUCAAGGUGAAGACCUAUUUCUGUCAGUACAAAGAGCUCUAGCCAAGGAUGUGACCUUCCUGAGCCUUAGAGAAAGUUGUGGAUACACAAAAUGGGAGACAUAGUCGGCCAAGAGGGACAGAGCAGCACUUGGAGAGAGUUGCAACAAGGGCAAGCAGAAUUGUGGUGUUCCUGGAUCUUACAGACCCAGGAAAACCCCCAUUAUAUAGCCAGACUCAGAGUUCGUUCCCUGCUGCUCCAUGUUUUAUUCCCAUAAAACUUUCUCUAUUAGCAAUCAGUUUGACUAGACUCCAUGAGCACUUGGGCAGUUAUCCAGGGCUGGGAGAGGGGAGGAAAGGAGAGAUUCCCUAAAGAGGAGCCCCAGAAAGCCCUAGGGAGGUAGCACACCUGAAUCCUUCCUGAUUUUGUGCUGUCCUGGCCAGCAAUGCUGAGACAGAUAGAUCAAGUCCUCUCUCUAAAGAGGGCCAGGGAAGUCCAGGGUCAUUAUCUCAAGCCACUCUCCAAAAAGGGCCAUGUCAUCAUCUAUUCCAGGGCUCGAGAGGGGAUGGAUACAGCCAAAGCUCCAAAGCAAGCCUGGCCCCCGUGGCCUCCCCUCCUUUUCCUGCUCCUUCUGCCUGGAGCAGGCAGUACCAGCUGCCCUGCUGUGUGUGAUUGUGCCUCCCAACCCCGGGCAGUACUCUGUGCUCACAGGCGGCUGGAGGCUGUCCCUGGGGAACUCCCCCUGGACACUGAGCUCUUGGACCUGAGUGGGAACCGCCUAUGGGGGCUACAGCGGGGUAUGCUCUCACGAUUGGGCCUGCUCCAGGAACUGGACCUCAGCUACAACCAGCUCUCCAUACUUGAGCCCGGAGCCUUCCAUGGCCUACGAAGUCUGCUCAUACUGAAGCUCCAGGGCAAUCGACUCCGAAUCAUGGGCCCUGGGGUCUUUUCAGGGCUGUCUGCCCUCACAUUGCUGGACCUCCGCUUUAACCAGAUUGUCCUCUUCCUGGAUGGAGCUUUUGGUGAGCUAGGCAGCCUCCGGCAGCUGGAGGUUGGAGACAACCACCUGGUGUUUGUGGCUCCUGGGGCCUUUGUAGGGCUGGCACAGUUGAGAGCCCUCACUCUGGAGCGAUGCAACCUCAGCAUGGUGCCUGGCCUUGCCCUCGCCCGCCUCCCAGCACUUGUGGCCCUUAGGCUUCGAGAACUGGAUAUUGAAAGGCUGCCUGCUGGGGCACUGCAGGGGCUGGGGCAGCUGAAGGAGCUGGAGAUCCACCACUGGCCAUCUUUGGAGGUUCUGGAACCGGGGAGCCUGGCUGGGCUCAAUCUAAGCAGCCUGGCCAUCACUCAUUGCAAUCUGAGCUCAGUACCCUUCCAGGCACUGUACCACCUGAGCUUCCUCAGGGUCUUGGAUCUAUCUCAGAAUCCAAUCUCGGCCAUUCCAGCCCGAAAACUCAGCCCUCUGGUACGGCUCCAAGAGCUCCGGCUGUCAGGGGCCAGCCUCACCUCCAUUGCUGCCCAUGCCUUCCACGGCCUGACUGCCUUCCACCUCCUGGAUGUGGCAGAUAACUCCCUUCAGACACUAGAGGAAACAGCUUUCCCUUCGCCAGACAAACUGGUCACCCUCAAGUUGUCUGGCAAUCCCCUGACUUGUGACUGUCGUCUCCUUUGGCUGCUCCGGCUGCGCCGCCACCUGGACUUUGGCACAUCACCCCCUGCCUGUGCUGGCCCCCAGCAUGUUCAGGGGAAGAACCUGCGGGAGUUUUCAGAUAUUCUGCCUCCAGGGCACUUCACUUGCAAACCAGCCCUGAUCCAAAAAUCUGGGCCUCGGUGGGUCAUUGCAGAGGAAGGGGGACAUGCCGUUUUCUCCUGCUCUGGAGACGGAGACCCAACCCCAACUAUCUCCUGGAUGAGGCCUCAGGGGCCUUGGCUGGGAAGAGCUGGGAGAAUUAGGGUCCUAGAGGAUGGGACACUGGAGAUCCGAUCAGUGCAGCUACAGGACAGGGGAGCCUAUGUCUGUGUGGUUAGCAAUGUAGCUGGGAAUGACUCCCUAAGGACCUGGCUGGAAGUAAUCCAAGUUGAACCACUAAACGGUACUCUCUCUGACCCCAACAUCACCAUGCCAGGGAUCCCAGGGCCUUUCUUUCUGGACAGCAGGGGUGUGGCUAUGGUGCUAGCAGUUGGCUUCCUCCCCUUCCUCACCUCGGUGACCCUUUGCUUUGGGCUAAUUGCCCUCUGGAGCAAGGGCAAGGGCCGGGUCAGACAUCACAUGACCUUUGACUUUGUGGCACCUCGGCCCUCUGGGGAUAAGAACUCUGGGAGUAACAGGGUCACUGCCAAGCUCUUCUGACCUUUCCUUACAUCCUAAGGAUUCAAGCAAGUCCACUCCAGAUGCCAAAGGGGAAGGCAGAAGCAAAGCCACUCUGGAUCAGACCUUAUUCUGAGCAACACAGAUCUUUCACAUUUGCCUUUCACGGUGCCACAACUGGUGAUGCUGGAAGAAGGGCUGCUGCCCUGUGCUUCUCCAAACUGAGGACAGCACUGUCUUCUCUUUAAAGAAGAGAUUCUAAGAGUCACAGAUACUGUAGUUAGCCCAGCCUUCCCUGAACCACCCCUUCAACACAUACACACAAGCGUGAACCAUAAUCAAGCUUCCAGUCUGCUACUCUAACCACCAAGCUUUCUUCGCCUUCUUACAACUUUGAUAACCAAUACCAUCUGCCAACCCCAGCAGUGAGAUUAUUUCAGAAGUGGGGCUGGAAAGUGCCACUGCUGAAUGGAAUCUCUGCUCCUCGCCCAGACAGUCUCCCUUUCUCUUCUGGUCCUCAGCCCCAGCCUAGUCCCAGCCUCUAGGUGCAAGGAACUAGAGCCAAGGAUCCUCAGGCAAAGGAGAAGAGCAUGCAUGUGUGGGACAGGGGAGGGCAGAUCACAUAUUGCACUGUCUGCAUGAGCCUGUCUGAUCAUUAAACCUGCUGCCAAAAGGCCACAACAGUCACAGCCAAGACAAAACAUGAUCUCUGGAACUUUCUUUACCUCAGUUUAUCCCCCCUUUUCCCCUUUCUGCCUGCCUAUUGAUGAGUAUCUUGGUGACCAUGACUCCACCUAAUCCAGUCUGCCAAUGAAGGCAAAGGUCGAUGGUGCCCGCCUGUUUUAGUCUCAAUUCUUCCACUUGUACAUUCCAUCUCUGGACCUGAGGAGAUUCCUCCACCUUCAAGGGAUGCCUACGCCAAAAUCCCAGCCUAGUUCACCAACUUGUUCCCUUCUUUUACAUUUCUAGUCACUCUUCCAUAGAGGUCUGGUGCCCUGGGGGAAAACCCAGAAAGGACCUCCUAGAAAAAGACUAAUAAAUAUGAGAAACUGCAUCACUCCAAGGAGGGAGACCCAGCUUGGAGGCGGCAGGGAGUGUGGCCAAGCAAGCUGUAGUGAAAGUGGAGGAAAGAGAAGUGGAGCGGGUACAGUCUGCCUGGUUUCUUUCCACCACCUUUCUGCAGCAACUCCCACCCCCACCGCGUUUAGCACCGUCCCAGUGGGAAGCUGUCUCUGGACAGAUGUCACCGAGCAGGGAAGAGGAAUGCGCAGUAAACUGCUGAGUACCACAAAGACAGACAGCAGACAGAAGACAAAGCAGAGCUCUGAGAAGUACAGAUGCUGGGCUCUGAAGGGACAGAGCAACAGCCUCAGCAUCAUCAGAAGACAAGGAAGGGAAGGGAGCAGAGAAGUGAGAGAAGGGAUAGACAAGCGGAGAAUCACGUGGUGGCUUAGGAGACUUUCUGUGGCAGCAUCUGCCCUGUACCCUUAGUUUCCCUCCUCAACUCACCCCAUACCUGCAGGCACCCUGAGCUUCCUAGCUGAUGUCACUGUCCUUGCUCUGAGGAGGGCCCACUCAUUACAAGAGCACCAGCUCAGAUUAUCCCUGACAGGUGAGGGCAGCUAGAACCACUGAGCAGGCAAAGCUCUUUAGUGGGGCAGAAGUCAAUGUGAGAAUCCAGCAGUGUGGUAAGUGAGUCUGGAGAAACUGACGUUCUUGAGAAAUGGCCAUCCCUGAGCCCACCUCCGCCCUGUGCACACAACUCAGCAUCCAGAAACCUCCUCUCUCAGGUUUCUGAUGCACCCUCCUCUCUGUAAUCUUUCACCCGGCAGCUUAUUAGGUUGGGACCUGGGAGUUGAGCACCAACGGUGCUCACUAGUUGUCCUCUCUGCAAUGCAGAUAAGCACUCACUGCUGGGGCCCUGGGGCAGCUAGGAACAGAUGAGAAUCUGGCAGAGGGAGAUGCUGCUGCCCAGUCUCAGCAACACACAUAUACAAGAGAAAGAAAAGUUGAGUCACACAUGUAAUUUCAAACUUAAAGUGGCUCCAUUAAGCAAAAUCAAAAUGAGGCAGGCUAACCAAUGGACCCAAACUGUUACCAUUUCAACAUAUCCAUGCAAAAACCAAUGAUGACACAUUUAACAUUUUUUUCAUACUUGGUUUUUGACAUUAAUAGUAUAUUUUACACUUAUAAGGCAUCUCAAUUCAGUCACUAAAUUUUUACCAGAAAUGUCUAUAAUUCAUAAAAGUAACCUUUAAAAAAGUAGAUUCACACAUUCAAGAUGUUCUAAACAUAGUGAAAAGUUUCCCAACAACUGAAUUAUCUAUUCUUAAUUUUAAAUUAAUUAAAAUUAACUACAGUUAAGUUUCUAGUCCCCAGUCACACUAUAACAUUUACAUGUAUGUAAGAGCCACAUGUGCCCAGUAGCUACUACACUGGACAGAACAGCUCCAGAGACUCUAACUCUGGGCUUAGACUUAGGUCUCUCUGGUGGGUGAGGUCUCCCCCAAGAAACGUUCACAUCUCAUGGAGAUGCUUGCGGGGUUACUCUCCACUUCCACCCCUUCAGGGCUUUCCCAAGACCCCUUCCAGAGGUAAAGCCUGUUAGAAUAAGGUCACUGUGCUGAGUACUACCAAGAUUGGUCCCAACAUCAGCAAGCCCAUCCCUUACCAUACCAGUCUGGGAAGUCUGUGACUGUGCCAGCUGUGGUCUGUGUGCCAAAGAAUAUGCAAAUACAACUGAGGCCAUAGCAGGUGGCAUGCUUACCAAAUAGCUCUGUGGGGAAUGCCAGCACACAAGGCUAUGAUGGUACCACGUGGGAGGGGACAGUUCAACUCCAGGCUCUGCCUGGGAUGGGUGGGGAUGAUGCUGAGAAAAGAGGAAACAUUUGUGGGGGGCUAUUCUACAUCAAGUGGCAUUAUACAUGCUUUCUUAUUUCAUCUUCACAUCGACCCUAUAAAGCAGGUAGGCAACUGAACUGAUGCAACUCAAAGUCAACUAGAUUCUACUGCUUCAGUGGACAGAAUUAGUUAAUAAGGAAACCGCUUGGAAUUCAGCCCUGUCUGACUGACACCCCCUACUGCUUCCACCGCACUGCUUACUCACUGUUUACUCCUCCCAAGACUUCAGUGCAGGAUGAUCUGCGACACAGGUGACAUCUUCCACCCCACUCACUCUCCCUUUUUAUAAAAGACUGGGUUCUGCUGCUGACCCUCAAUUUCGUUUCAUGACUCUCAUCCACCUGAGUCAGGAAGUCGCUCUCCAAUAUCCAAAUGCCUCUGCUUUAGGGACUGGUGAAAAGGAGCCAAAUUCCAAGGAUCUGAUAGACUGAAAUGAAAGGCCUGUCUCCCAGCAACGUAUGUCUUCUUGAUUAAAAUGCAAGCUUGAGAUUUCCUAAUUUCUUGUCUGGGUCUUAACUAGCAACUUACUAGGUUAGAGAAAAGAUGUUCAGAAAUUUCCAGUACAAAAGAACAACCCAUAAGCUCUUUGCAUUCACUGACCCUACCCAUUUUCUGCCUGCCUCGGCCUAACAGAACCUUCCCAAGGUCACCUCAUUCUACCUCCCCUCUUCCUCCGCUCUUCAUUUCAGUCAUGGUUUCGCCUAAGCCGGGAGAACUCUAGACCCAAAGUACGCUGGCAUCAUUCCAGCACUCCCCAUGUUGCUCCCUGAUGUAUUCUUUCUCUAAUUUCAACUUCUUUUACUGUAUUGGAUCCUCUUGUUGUUUUUUUGUACAAGGGAUUGAGCUCAACACAUUAUGCCUGCCAGGCAGGCCCUUAUGCCACUGAGCUAAAUCCCUGGCCCUAGGUACUGGAUCCUGAUGCAAGGAAUGAGAGCCCUGCAAAGUAAUGCUCUUCAACUUUGAGUUGUAAACCUCGAGAAUACCUGGUAUAUGCUUUGAACCUGCUUAAUGAAUGCUGGGACACCCAGGCCUUACAUUAACUCAUUACCAUACUGCCUCCUACAGCCUGUUCAGAAUAUACUCUAAAGAAAGGGAAUAAAGUUUAGGAACUGGAGAUGAGAACAAAUAACAAUUCACCCAAUUCAGCAUCUUAUAAUGCAACCUCUUGAUUGUGAUUUGGGCUUUUAGAGGGAAAAUAAAAUGAGAAACUCCUAGGGCCCGGGAUUUAGCUCUGCAGGCAUAAGUGCCUGCCUGGUAAGGGUGAGGUCAUGAGUUCGAUCGCCGGUACCAAAUAUUAAAAAAAUAAAGUAAAAUAAUCCAAUGAGAAAUCCCAAGUGCAUGGUGAAUUGAAAGUGAGUUCAAAAUCAUUUCACCUAAAGUUAUUCCUUCUAGUUCCCAAUUUCCCUACCCAGCCAGUUACAAGUCAACCCUCUAAAAUUUCCAGGAAAAGUGAUCUACCUCCCUUUUCACUGCUCUGGUAUGAUUUUAAUUUUUAAUUCCUAAACUGGAUUUCAACUUAUUUCCUCUUUUUUGCCCACUGCAACCUCCACUGGAGUGAGAAGAUAAUGCAGCUAUAAAGUAAUUCUGUGUUUUUUAUAGUACAGUGGACAUGAUUCCUUAGAUUUAAACUACUCUGGUAACUUCUUAAAGUAAAAAUAGCAAUAGUGAUCAAGAUACUCAGAUAUCUAGGAACAAUCUUAACAAGAAAUAUGUAAAUUCUACAUGAUAAAAACUAUAAACUAGUACUGAUGGGGCAUAAAGAACUAAAAUUUAUAGAAUGAUUCUGUAUCACAAAUACAAUUCUUCCUUAAGCAAUCUAAAACCAUAUUAUUCCAAUCAAAAUAACAUUAACAGUAGAAAAGUGAGUUGUAUAUUUUCCAAAAUAUACAGUAAUAAAAAUGAAUAUACUAAAAUUAUAUACAAUAUGAUUAGUCCCAAAAUACUUGGAGUAAAAGACAUGAGACACAAAAGAGCACAUUCUGUGAUAUUCUCUCUCCCUCUCUCUCUAUACACAUACACACAUACACACACACACACACACACACACACACACACACACACACAUCAGGGAAAACUGGUUUAUAGUAUUAGGAGUCAGAAGAGUGAUUAUCCUUUAGGACUGUAGUAUCAACAAAGAGACACAAGAGAAGCUGGGGCAUGGGAAAUAUUUAGUGAUUUUUUUAAAAAUCUGCUAUUGGUUACAAAUGCAUUUCAUCAAUAUGUACACCUAUCAUUUGUGCAUUUUUCUGUAUAUACACUGUACAUUAACUUCUCAAAUUGUGUUAAAGAUGUAAAAUUUUGAGAAAUGAUAUGAUACUAAAUAGACAAGUCAAUGGAACAGAGUGGAAAAUUGAGAAGUGGGCUCAAAUACAUGCAACAAUUUGUAUAUUAUUAAGUUAGAAUUAAAAAUGGAGCAAAUAGACUGAGAGAACAUGGCGGACAGACAACAGCAACUACUGAACGCUCUCUAAAGGCUCGGCUCAGAGGCCAGGAAUGAUGCGGACUAAGGAGAUACGAACCAGUAGAGAUAUGCUCUGCUGACUCAGGAACGAACUGGGCUGAGAGAAUCCAACUUGGAAUACAGUCCUGGCGCUAAAAUAGGAACAGAAAAAUCUCGGUGUGGAGGCUCGACUCCGCGCCAUUGGAAACCGCGGUUUGGAUUUCCUGCCGCCGGGCGGCCGGCUACCUCCACAGCGGCUCGGCAAGGAGAGACGCGACUGCCGAGCUCUGGGAACGGGAGUCUCCGAACGGAGUCGGAAACGCGAAGGACAGGGAGGAAGGCUGACUGGUGGCGAGGUGAGCGAGGAACUGACUCCCUACCGCAGUUUGACUCCAGCGGAGGUUUUUCUGGGCGCGGGCAGUCCUGUAAGAGCAGGGCGCGGUGGCAACUGCAGCCGCACACUUCCCUCUCGGACGGGAUUGGUGAAAGGUGCCUGGCCGGAGGGACGCUGCUCGCGAACUCCCUAGGCUGGCCUAACCCAGAUCCCAGAGCCUGACGGUGGCCCGGAGGAGCGACCGACUCCCGCGUAGGCUGCCUCCUCCGCAACUCCCUGGGGCGCAGCGGUGAGCGGGAACAACUAGCCAGCGCAAUUUGAUCAAGCUGUGGCUGACAGGCAGGGAAGCCGGGCCUCCUGUGUAAGAUUACAUUUUAUAAGGAACAGAAAAUAUGGGGAAGGGAAGCAACAAAAAAGGCUCCUCGACCCCCAAUCCUGAGAAUCAGGCAAUAGUGGACACUGCACCAAUAUACAUUAAGCGCCAUUUAGAGAGCCUCAUAGACCAAUUCAGGAAUGAAGUUAUCAAUGACCUGAAGCUAGAAGUAUGCAGAAUAGUUAGAGAAAUGCUAAGCACCACCCAGGAAAAAGCAGAUGGUGGAAUGGAAGAACAGAAAAAGAGGGGAGAAUUGCUUGAUGGAGAAAACAGAGAAAGCAUUGAGUAUGUGAAGCAGGUGCAAAGGGACUAUCAAGAAAUUAAGAAGUCUACCCAAGACUGGCAUAACAGCUUGAAAGAAACUAAGGACAGACUAUCUGAAUUGGAGGGCAGACUUGAAACAUGGGAGAAUGAAAUGAAAAACUUCUUAAAAAUAACAAAGAAACACACAGCAAUAAUACAAAGACAAGAAGAUGAUAAGAGGAGCCAUAACUUAAGGAUUAAGAACAUAAAAGAAGAAGUAGGGACAUAAACAAGUGAACUACAAAAGCUACUCACAGAAAUAAUCCAGGAGAAUUUUCCUAAUGUAGCAAAAGGUAAAGAUACUCAAAUGUAUGAGGCAUACAGGACCCCAGCUACCUACAACCCUAACAGAGAAACACCCAGGCAUAUAAUAAUAAAAAUUCCAGAAAUUCAAUACAAGAACAGAAUAUUAAAAGCUGUAAGAGACAAGAAACAGAUCACUUACAAGGGAAGACCCAUCAGAAUUACAGCAGAUUUCUCUUCACAAACCAUCAAAUCACGAAGAGCAUGGGGAGAAAUAAUUCAAGCUUUGAAAGAUAAUAAUCUACAGCCAAGAUUGAGAUAUCCUGCACAACUGUCCCUGGAAAUUGAUGGAAAAACGAGGUGCUUCCAGGAUAAAGAGGAACUGGGGGAAUUUGCAACCACCAAUUCAACCCUACAGAAAGUAUUGCAGGAUAUUCUAAAAAAAGAAAAAUACAAAGAACCCAGAAAUAGGGGCGGGGAGGCCACAACGAAUGGAGCAGAGAACAAAA